UAUUAACUCUCAAUGCUGGUUUCCAGUCUUCACUCCAAGAGCAAGAAGACAUCAUAAUAGAGGUAGAGAGGAGGCCGUGGUGGUGGCCUGGUCUGAAUAGUAUUCCUUCGCUACACUCCAUGAAAGCCACCUUCGUUGAAGAACCUAAUAAUUCAUCCCCACCAUCCAACCCAAAUUUUUCAUCAUUCCCUACUUUUUUUUUCUCCCUAGCUAGUGCGAUCUUUUGCUAGAACUAAGAAAACUAAAAAUGGAGGGUCUUGAAGAGUGGGAAGUCCUCCCUGAUGAUGGAUUUCUUGAAAUCCAUGAUGAUGAUGGGAAGAAAAUUUUCUCAAGAAAAUAUGCAACCACUGCCUCUGAGAAUGUUUUCAAGAAUUACUUCAUAUGCCCAUCUCCAAAAUCAUCAAAAUUUGUCGAAACUACUGCAGAGACGGCAGCCAGAGUGCCUAAUCAGCUCGUGCCAAUCCCAAUUCAGCUGGAGCCAGCACUUAAGAAUCAGAUCCCCGAAGUUGACGAUCAAGGGCUGAAACAAGUGAUUAAGGCCCCAUUUGACACAUCCAUCAGAAGUCCCAAGAUAAUAACAGGGGAAGCUGAUCAGGAUCUAGUCUCGCAGGUUUUCUUCAAGAAAAUGAAGGAAACUGAAUUAUUUGCCGACAUGAAACUGGACUCGCCCAAGUCCAACAACAACAGCAGCAGCAGCCACACCGCUAGGGGGAUCAAGCCUCAAAUUGACGCGGGUGCUUUUCAGUUUGAGGAGAAAGCAGACGCUUAUAAAGCUGCUGGUGAGGCUCUGGAAACAACCAAGAUUUCCUCGCCAAGACAGAAAAUUGAUCCAGAAGGAAAGAUGAUCAAGAUGGAUGACGCUGACAAUCAAAAAGAGGUUAAGUGGGAAGAGAAUCAUGGUGGGCUGAAUAUACUGAAGUGGAGCUUAACUGGAAUAGGUGCUAUUUGUUCUUUUGGUGUUGCCACAGUUUGCAUCCUUGUAUUCGGAGGUGUCCGAAAGAAUAAGCAGCAGCAGCAGCAACAACAGAAUCAGAAGCUUCAAUUCCACAUUUACACUGAAGACAAGAGGUUGAAGCGAGUGGUUCACCAUGCAACCAAGUUGAAUGAAGCAAUUUCAGCAGUAAGAGGCGUUCCCAUCACCAGAGCUCGUAUCACAGUUGGUGGCUAUUACGAUGGCCUCUAGACUAUGGACUCCCUGUCCAAAAUCCUUGCCGAAACAUGCUCAGGACCGCUCGUCUUUCCUACGUACUACUGUUUCUCCUCCAUAAAUAUGAUCGCUAUCUUGUUAAAAAGUUUUCUGAGGCUGUACUUAUACGUAGAUUCUGUUAUGUCCUAAUAUAAACUAUAUAUAGAUCCUUUUAAGGGUUCCCAUAACUACGGUAUAGUUACAGGGAAAUAAGUACAUUUGCUGAAGAUUAAAGUUCCCACGACUUCUUUCUUUCUUUC